UUUGAGAAAUUCGUCAGGAGUCAAACUCACACACGGGGAAGAUUCGAUUCGAGUGAAGACAAGAUGGAUGAAGGAGGAGCUAGCGAAGGAACACAGUGAUAUUUUUUUCCCGGAUGAGCUCAUUUUCGUCGAAAGUCCAGAAGGCUCGGCUGAUUUGGAAAACAUGGGGGAUUUGACGGAGAAGACUGGCGGCGAGGGAACGUCUGGAGCCCCAGCUUCAUCAUGAGCUGUUUUUGUUGAUUAAUUAAUAUUGCAACUAAUUAUUGGUUUGUUACUUUUCUUAUUAAUUUCUUUUAUUACUGCUUUUUUUGUUUGUUGUUCAGAUGAAGUUAUUUUUGUUACGAA